AGGAGAUAUAUCAUGAUUUCAACGGAUGUCGUCUAUUGAUUCUUUCAAUCAACGAUCUCAUCCUUAUAAAAUGUUAACUGGUCUUAAAUACUUUGAGAGGUCAAUAAAGGGAGAUAAUGGAUCUUUCACAAAGAAUGCAUUUGACUGGGGACAGGUAGACAAGAAUGCCCUUGCUAAAUGUUUGUUAACAUUGUGUAGACAGGUCAAGGACAUUCUCUCAGAUGAACCAAGAUUGCUCAAAUUAAAAGCUCCAAUGUAUAUCUUAGGAGAUAUUCAUGGGAACUAUAGAGAUUUGAUAUGUUUUGAGAAAGCUUUAUGGAGAUUAGGACCUUUAUUAACACCAGCUUCCUUCUUGUUCCUUCGAGAUUAUGUUGACAGAGGUGACUUUGGAAUUGAGGUCAUUUCAUAUUUGUUUGCACAGAAGAUUUUAGCCCCUCACAAAUUUCACCUGUUGAGGGGUAACCAUGAGUUACGGAGUGUACAAGAAAUGUUCUCGUUCAAAACCGAGUGCCUGUCUAAGUUUUGUGACAGUAUAGGUAGCCAACUAAGGGAGGCAAUCAAUGACUGUUUUGAUGUAAUGCCAAUAGCAGCAACAGUAGAUGAUAAGGUAGGUAACCCCUUUUCCUUCUAUUUUCUUUUCAUUUUAUAUCGUUUCUAGCAAGAUCGGUUUUAGCGAGAUAUCGGUUACAACGUACAUAUUUUCGACAUCCCAUGCGUAAUUUUCAUAAUUUAACGAGGUCACGUAUUGGCACUUGGUCUGUAUUCGUUUGACACCUUGAGAUAAACAAUG